AGAACACGAGCCGGGAUCAUGGAUAAGGAGAAAAGGUUCACAUAUUUUUUUUUACUUUUCUUUUCCGCUUCGUGUCAAUGAAGACGUUUUGGGCUUGGGCCUGUACCCCGAUAAGCCAGUAAAUAUAAUGCUGUCCAUCCAAAUUGGUCCGAGACCCAAAUCGGGGACGCCUUAUACGACGUCGUUGGAUCAAAGCCUGUCAUCCCUCCAGCUGCAUCGUCGUUUACCUCCAGAGACCGACUUUCUGUGUGCAGAGAAGCAAGCGAGCUCUGCAAAUCCAGUCCAGUCUAGCGCUCAUGGACAUCUCCCGCCAAAACAAAAUUCAGAAAUUCGAGGAGUUCGUCGACCAACGCCUCAAACCAGACCUCGUCCGCGCCAUUGCUCAACGGGACAAGGUGUUCGAGCAACAAAAAGUUUUCUCGGAUUUGCGGAAGAACAUUGAGAAUUUGGAGAAAAAUAGUGUGACCAGUCUUAGGACUUUGGUUAAUCUUGGCUCUGAAGUUUAUAUGCAAGCUGACGUGCCAGAUACACAACGCAUAUUUGUAGAUAUUGGACUAGGAUUUCAUGUGGAGUUCACCUGGUCUGAAGCUUUAAAUUACAUAUCUCAAAGAGAAGAAAAGUUAGCCAGGCAAGUUGAAGAGUGUACUAACCUUAUUGCAUCAAUUAAAGCCCAGAUAAAGCUGGUCUGCGAAGGGAUUCGAGAAUUGCUCCAGCUUCCAGCAGAAGCAAAAACUGCCUCAGAGCGCAUUUUUUGACAUCGACAACUUAGUAAACUUGCCGUCUCAUGACUUCCAAGUAAAUCAGACGUGUCUACGACUACAACUUUAAAUUUUUGAUUGAGUGUUGGCAUGCUUCACUGCUGUUUCAUUUUCUAAAAAUUAAAAGCAUGUAUCCUCUUUGAUCUCGUUAGAGCAUCCCCAACGAAGGCUCUAUUCUCCACGAGGUUACUACAUUUCCAGCCUUAGCGAGAAAUUUCAAUCCCAAUGAGCUGGAAAAUAGGGCUAGAUCCAUCACUGGGGCUAGCAACUUCCUUUCUUGGGUAGCAUAAAAUCGGGCUACAUCUAGCCCCAAAAAAUAGUGGGUCCCACAAAAAAAGUAGCAACCCAUGUGAACAAAAUUCUAUCAAUCUCCCUCCACUUGUGAAUACACUUAUAUUCUCCUAUUAUUAUUAUUUCAAUUCUUUUUAGUUACUUA